GAAGGUCGUGGUCGUUGUUGUUGGUGCGGGGCCAGUGUUGCCGAGCUCCUCUGACAUUAACAACUACGGAAAGACGUCCUGUUUCGUUUGUUUGCUGUUGUCAUAAGCGUACGUCGGCUUCUGGGCAGGUUACACUCCCCGCCAGUAGCGGAACACGGAACUCGAAACGCGGAAGAAAGACGAAUCUGAAUCUGUUCGAAUAUUACGCUAAUACGUGAAAGCAAAACAAUCGCGUUACCGGCCACAGGACAACGACUCCGCGUGUUUAGCCUGUUUAUGGCCAUGUCUAAAUGUUAAUGUACUGAGUGUGAGUGUGUGAAAUUGUGAUUGCGAUUGCGAUUGUAUGAGCUUAUCUGUGUGUGUGUAUGUUUCUGUGAGCGAGAAUACACCAAGUGUGCAAAAAAAAGUGUCGGGAGCAAUAGAAGAAAUACAUUAUAAUUGCACGGUGGCAGCCAACAAAUCGGCAAUCUAGUUGAUGUCGCUUUCAGCAUAAACAGCAAGCAGCACAUCCUUCCUUCUGAAGCUAAAGUUGUAUGUUAUUAAAGAUUGCGAAAUCGAAAUCAUACCUAUGUAAAUGUAAAUGUUGUGUUGUUAACGGGCAUCAUCAACAAGAACGGCAAAGUUGAGAGAUUGAAAAUGCAAAUUGCAGGCAGGAACUGGCUGACUAACUGACUGACAGGAAGCAACAGCGAACGGCAACAGCGAGAAGGCAAAAACUAAUUUUGUGGCUGGAAAAACAAGCAAUCAAGUGCAUGCAGGUUGUGAGUUUUGUCAGUCCCGCUGUUUGACUGUUGCACGCUGCGUAUGCGUAAUAAGCGGCAGCACGUAUACGACGCGUGGUACGCAUAGCGCAUAGAGCAUUGAGCGGAGGGCGACAGCGAGGAUGGCAGUCGACCAUUAAAGUGGCGGAAAUGACACAGACGAAAUGUAUCGGUGCAAAACUUGGUUCUGUGCGCGCAGCAACAACAACAACUAUGUCGAUGUCGCCCUAAAUGAGCCAGGGCCAACACCAACACCAGCAACAGCGACAGGAACAGCAACAGGAGCAACAACAAACACUAAUAGCUGCAGUAACAGUAAUAGCGUCAAUAGAGCUCGUAACAAACCCAAUAGCCAGCAGCUCCAACAGCAUUUGGGCAACGCCAGAUCCACGCCCACUCUCGACGACACACCGCAUGCAGCGGGAGUAACGGGUGCUGGAGGUGGUGGAGCUGCUCAUGUGGUCACCUUUCUAGAGGAUGCAGCGGGUGGCAGUGGCAGCAAUGGCGGCGUAACGAGCAGCCGCAUCGUAACCACCGCCGAACUGCAUCAGGCUCACAUGCUGGAGCACCACUCCAAUUUGGAUGCCAUCGAGCAGUCCGACGAUUUCAUUUACGGCCUCGGUGCCGGUCUUUCGCUCUGCGACGACAGUCUGCCAUCGGCCAAGAAUUGCUACAGACUUGUAAUGCUUGGUUCUUCACGUGCUGGCAAAUCGUCGAUUGUGGCACGUUUCCUGGGCAAUCGGUUUGAGGAGGCCUAUACGCCAACUAUUGAGGAGUUUCAUCGCAAAUUGUACCGCAUACGAAAUGAGGUCUUUCAAUUGGAUAUUUUGGAUACUUCAGGCUAUCAUCCGUUUCCCGCAAUGCGUCGUUUGUCAUUUCUAACGGGCGAUCUAUUCAUAUUGGUCUUCAGCAUGGACUCACGCGAGUCCUUCGAGGAGGUCGUACGUCUACGCGAGAACAUAUUGGAAACCAAAUGGGCUGCCCUCAAUCCUGGCUCUGGUUUCAAAAAGAAAAGUCUCCCAAAGAUACCCAUGAUACUGGCGGGCAACAAAUGCGAUCGCGAAUUCAAAACUGUGCAAGUGGAUGAGGUUAUGGGCUACAUUGCGGGCCAGGAUAAUUGCUGUACAUUUGUGGAGUGCUCGGCACGUCAGAAUUAUCGCAUCGAUGAUUUGUUUUACGCUUUAUUCAUGGUCUCAAACUUGCCCCUGGAGAUGACACCGAAUCACCAUCGGCGUCUUGUCUCUGUGUUCGGCAACCCUUCGCCACUGCCACCGCAUGGUUCGGCAGUUGGUGGUAGCAAAAAGAACGCACUCUCCAUCAAGCGGCGCUUCAGCGAUGCCUGCGGCGUGGUCACGCCAAAUGCACGACGUCCCAGCAUUCGCACCGACCUUAAUCUAAUGCGCUCCAAGACGAUGGCCCUCAAUGAUGGUGGCGAAAGCGGAGUUCGUAACACAUCUCGCUGGAAUCGCUGUGCCAUCAUGUAAACCGAUCUGAUCCAUCUGACGUCCAUGUGAUAGUAGAUAGAGCAGCAGUCAUAGUCUCUGAGUCAGCAAAGAAAUAAUUGAAAGCGAUAGAGAGAUAGAGAGAGAGAGAGAGAGAGAGAGAGAGAGAGAGAGAUUUUAAUUUUAAACGCAGCGUUUGGGUGAUUUCGAUAUGUAAUGUAAAUACUUGAAUAUUUAUUGUGGUUAGCCUAAGCCAAGUUAAAAUAAUAAUUAUUAUUAUGCAUUUUGCAUUUCUCGCAUUGUUAUUAAACUAUCAGCAAACAAAGCGUACAAUUUGUAGAAAAUUAUAAAUAAUUCACUUGAAUCACGCACACACACACUCACACACAGACAGAUACACAAAGUUCCCGUCCCCAGUUGGAUUUGCUAUUCUUCCUCCCCCGAGAAUACAAAAUAACUUUGAUUCCCCAGAAAAUGACCCAAAUUCUAUUAUAUUCCAUUUACAAAUAAAUAUAUUUCGAUUGUUGUAUUUUUUGAUACUCGAAUGGCACAUACUCUAUGAUUAAUUGAUGCACCCAAAUAAAAAACAAAACAUAAAAAAGUAAAUGAAAUGAAAACAAGACAUAAAAUGAAAACCAAAAAGCAGGCGACAAUAAUGUUAUGACGUACUUGGAAUUGGUACUUGUUAUUCGAUUUGAUUCGAUUCACUUUGAUUCGAUUCGAUUCAGUUUAAGAUUUAUAUGGAAUUUGAAUCAAAUUAUAUGAUAUGAUAUGAUGAUAGCUAAUUUUAUUGUUAUUGUUGAUUGUUGUUGAUGUUACCAACUAUAUUUCUGUUCUUCACACUUCUUCACGUCACAUAUCACAGCCAAAGACAUCCCACAAACAAAAACGAUAAAAAGUAAACCAAAAAAUACAAACACCGAAUCUGUAACUGAAACCGAAACCAAAUCGAUUGCCCUAAAGGGUCCAAUGGAACACUAACUUGUACACCGAUCUAAACUAAAUCUAUGCUAUAGUUCAAUACAAAUACAAAAACAAA